AUGCAUUUCUGGUGGGUACUUUUGGCAUGCGUCUCGGCGGUCUACGUGGGCUGGCCCAUGAACGAGCAGCUCCCCAACGUGGCCCGCGUGGACGAAUCGUAUCUGUUCACUUUGGCCAACACCACAUACAAGUCCAGCGCCGGCGGGGCCAUCGCGUACAGCGUGGCCGGCCUUCCGGCGUGGCUCCUGUUCGACCCGCUGUCGCGCACGUUUCUGGGGACGCCGUCCCUGGCCGACGUGCAGACUUUCGACAUCACGUUGGUGGGCACGGACUCGGCCGACCGCUCCAACUACUCCGCGUCGUACUCCAUGCUCGUGUCCAACAGCUCCGGCCUCGCGCUCUCCAGCCCCGACGUGAUGUUCACGGAAAUCGCCCAGUACGGAUACACCAACGGCGUGGACGGGCUCGUGGUGGCGCAGGGCGAGGACUUCUCGCUCCAGUUUUCCGAGAGCGUGUUCCAGUUGAACGAGGACGCCUCGCAGCCCGUCGUGGCCUACUACGGCCGCUCCGAGGACCGCACGUCGCUCCCCAACUGGGUGUCCUUCGACGCGGCCUCGCUCACGUUCUCGGGCCAGGUGCCGUACGUGGUGUCGGACAUCGCGCCGUCCCUCGAGUACGCGUUCUCGUUCAUCGCGUCCGACUACAGGGGCUACGCGGGCGCCGAGGGCGUGUUCAAGCUCGUCGUGGGCGCACAUCUGUUGAGCACGUCGCUCAACGAGUCCAUCAAGAUCAACGGCACCUACGGCUCCGCGUUCGCCUACACGGUGCCCGUGCUCUCCGCCGUGUACUUGGACGACGCGCUCAUCUCCAAAGACAACAUCUCGGCCGUGGCGGCCUCGGGCAUGCCGGCCUACGUGCUGUUCGACGAGGACACGUACACCUUGAGCGGCACGUUCCCCAACGCGUCGCUGGUCCAGAACUUCUCGGUCGUGGUGCAGGACGUCUACGGCGACUCCGUGCUGUUGCCCUACCUGUUCGACUCGUUGGACUCCGUGUUCACCGUCGACAGCAUAGCGGACGUGAACGCCACCCGCGGCGAGUACUUCCUGUACCAGUUGUUGCGCUCGUACUUCACCGACUUCGACGCCACGGCCAUCGACGUGUCCUUCGCCAACGGCUCCUCGUGGCUCGCGUACGACAGCUCCAACUUGACCAUCCACGGCGAGGCGCCGGCGGACUUCGCCCGGGUCCAGGUCACCGUGGACGCCGCCUCCGAUUUCGGCGACGGCCUGCGCUCGUUCGACGUGGUUGGUGUGGCCGGCUUCUCCAGCACGUCCCUGGCGCUGUCGUCUUCGUCGUCUUUGUCGUCCUCGGCCACCAGCUCCUCGGCCACGGCCACGACCACCACUUCCCCGAGCUCCUCGGCCCUGGCUUCCAGCGACGGCAGCUUGUCUUCCAGCAGCAAGUCCAGCGACGCGCACAAGAAGCUUGUUUUGGGCUUGGCCAUCGGCCUCCCCUUGCUCGCGUUGCUCGCGGCGCUCCUCGUGUUCUUCUUCUGCUGUUUCCGCCGCAGAAAGAGCCACGACGACGAGAACCAGUCCGCCACGGACGGCAAGCCCGAGAUCACGGGGCCUGGCUUCGGCAGAAUCAACAGCAACGACGACCACGAGGAAACGGCCGUGCAGAUGGGCGCACUCAACGCCUUGAAACUCGACAACGACAACCUCUCGAUGCUCUCCAGCGUGACGCACGUGGACUCGGACGACGACUUCUUCGCCGACGCCCACGAGAAACCCAUCAUGUCCUGGCGGGCCAACGAGGCCAGCGACUCGAAUGCCAUGAAGAAGAAGAUCUUGCAAGACAAGCACGCGUCGGAAAUGUCCCUGAGCACCAUCGCCACGGAGCAGCUCUUUUCCGUGCGGCUCGUUGACGACAGCGCGUCCAACCGGAACUCCAGCCUGUCGCUCGGCUUCUUCAACAGGAAAAGUGCGGACUUGGAGGGCGCAAUGCGGGACGUGAGCUCGGGCAACAUCCAAAGGUUGGACAGCGAUGGCAACGUGACAGGAUCCGUCUCGGAUCACGUCUCCCCAUCCAACCCCAACCCCGCUGGUACCCAGAACGGCCUCAAUUACAUUCUGGAAGAAGAGAGCCAUCACAUGGCUCGCACGCCCGAGUCCUCAGACUACAACUUGCUAGCCAAGUUCCUCGGGCUGCAGACGGGGUCUCUAGGCUCGAGCUUCAACACCAGCAAUGACCCCCACAGCCCUCAGCCAUCAACGGGGGAUGUCGAGCAGAACAUGUCCACCAGCUUGGAUGGCACGCUAUUACCUUCGCCAGAUACCGAGUCGUUCUUGGAGGACAACCCCCGUCAGCGAAGCAGCCCUUAUUCAAAUGCCAACAUCUUGGCCCGGACUUCUGUUUACUCAGAAUUGUCUCUCCGAGAGUCCGACGCUGAUACCGCGCUAGAAGGAAGUAAGGCCAAACUCGUCAAUUUCACGAGAAAAGCCAGUCUCCGUGACUCUUCUCGCCAGCAGGACGUCGACCACCCGGCGGGCAAAGCCCAAAUAUUCGAAGAUAGUGACUGA